AAAACUGACAAUACGAGUCGAAAUGUCGCCGACGUCUGACAAAUGCGGUCUGGUCCUCCGCCGCUUUGAUUGGUGGAGAUGGUAGGGUUUAGGGUUUCGCCACUCGUUAGUGGACGCUGCUUGGAAAUCAACGUCGGAAGUGCUCGCGCCCAAAAGCCUCCCCUUCCCUUUUUGACUCUCGACACCACCCUCUUCGACAACCUCACCGUUCGCAGGAAGUGCAACAAGGUCAUUUCCAACAUUCAAAAUGGCUCGCCGUCCCGCUCGUUGCUACCGCUACUGCAAGAACAAGCCUUACCCCAAGUCCCGGUUCAACCGUGGUGUUCCCGACCCCAAGAUUCGUAUCUUCGAUCUGGGACGUAAGAAGGCCAAUGUCGACGACUUCCCCCUCUGUGUGCACAUGGUCUCCAACGAAUAUGAGCAGCUUUCUUCCGAAGCCCUUGAAGCCGCCCGUAUCUGUGCCAACAAGUACCUCGUGAAGAUCGCCGGUAAGGAAGGUUUCCACCUUCGUGUCCGUGUUCACCCCUUCCACGUCAUCCGUAUCAACAAGAUGUUGUCGUGCGCUGGUGCCGAUCGUCUUCAGACCGGUAUGCGUGGUGCCUUCGGUAAGCCCCAGGGUACCGUUGCCCGUGUGAACAUCGGCCAGAUCAUCCUGUCUGUCCGCACCCGUGACUCCAACCGCGCCGCCGCCAUCGAGGCUCUGCGUCGCUCCAUGUACAAGUUCCCCGGUCGCCAGAAGAUCGUCGUCUCCAAGAACUGGGGUUUCACCCCCGUCCGCCGCGAGGAGUACGUCCAGCUCCGCCAGGAGGGCAAGCUCAAGCAGGAUGGUGCCUACGUGCAGUUCCUCCGUGGCCACGGUCUCGUUGAGAACAACAUGAAGCGCUUCCCCGACGCCUACGAGACCCAGGCUUAGAUGGAAUGAACUUUAGCGUUAGGACCAUUAAAAAAGACAUGAAUUUUAAUUAUUCCUCCGGUUACCAAUACACGUUUGUUAUUCUGUGAUGUCAUUAUACUGUCCUCACGCACGGCGGAGUUGAUUUAAUCAUGGAUUCCUCGGGCUUAUUUCUACGUACCUGAUCUCCGUAAAAGUCGAAUUUUGUAAAAUAUGAACUGUCGUAAAAGGCACGUCAGCAUAAUGCUCUACGACCUGCCCAGCAUCUAGCCCCUAGAACUUUAAUCACUACCCCAGC